AUGGAGUCGAUAUUUACUCUCUUGCACGUGUUAAUGGUCAUUAUAAAUUUUUCGAGAACAAAUGAGAUUUUCUGUAGCCUGCAAGGAGAGCCUGUAUACCCACAACUGUCAAAGGAUGGUGACAUCAUAGUUGGAGGAAUUUUCCCCUUCCAUAAGAGUUGGGAAAUCACAAACGUGUCUUAUGUGUUCAAGCCAUCACCGCUGAAUUGUGUGAGUCUUGAUUUCAGAACCUUCCAGUUUUCACAGUCCUUGAUUUUUGCAAUAGAAGAGAUCAACAACAGCUCCUCUUUACUCCCUGGUAUUUCACUGGGCUACAAGAUCUAUGACACAUGCAGUUCCACAGCUAGGGGGGUGAGAAUGGCUAUGGCACUUAUUAAUGGAAAUGAGAAUUCAACCUUGAAUGAGCAAUGCACAAAGCCAGCACAGGUGUUAGCCAUAAUUGGAGAGACACACUCCUCAAUAUCAAUGGCUAUAGCAAAGAUUGUUGGACCUUUCAAUAUUCCCAUGAUCUGUCCUUAUUCCACCUGUGAGUGUCUCAGUGACAAAAGAAAAUAUCCCUCAUUUUUGCGCACUAUUCCCAGUGAUUACUACCAGAGCAGAGCACUGGCAGAGAUGGUCAAGCAAUUUGGCUGGACCUGGGUGGGAGCAAUAAGAAGAGAUGAUGAUUACGGUAACAGUGGAAUGGCUGCCUUUGCUAAAACUGCAGAACAGUUGGGCAUUUGUUUAGAAUAUUCCCUUCCAUUUUUUACAAACUACUCACCAGGAAAAGUGCUGAGAAUAAUCCAGCAGAUCAAAAGCUCUACUUCUCGAGUGAUAGUGGCGUUUGUCACUUAUUGGGACUUGGAGAUUUUGCUGAAUGUAUUUUAUGAGCACAACAUCACUGGAUAUCAGUGGGUGGGAACUGAAUCUUGGAUCUCUGAUUCAACUGUAGCCAGAAUGGAUAAGCACAACAUACUGCAAGGAGCCAUAGGACUGGCUAUCCCCAAAACAACAGUAAUGGGUCUGAAGGAAUUCAUACUGGAUAUAAAUCUGAUGCAGUCUGCAGGCAGUGCCAUUUUUACUGAAUUAUGGGAGACUUUAUUUAAGUGCAAAUAUACAGUGCAGAAUGACUCAGAAAAUACAACAAUGUGCACAGGUACAGAGAAACUGUCUGAAAUGGAAAGUGAAUUCACAGACAUGUCUUUGAUGCCCAUUUACAGUAAUGUGUAUAAAGGAGUAUAUGCUGUAGCCCAUACCCUACACAACCUUCUCGGGUGCACACAAAAAUGUCCUACAAAAAAGCAGCCUGAUCCUCUCACUUUUCUUGAACAUCUCAAAAAGGUGCGCUUCAAAACUAAAGAAGAUGAAGAGGUUUAUUUUGAUAAAAAUGGUGAUCCUGCAGCAAAAUAUGAAAUAAUAAAUUGGCAAACUAUAGAAGAUCACCAUGAGUUUGUCACCGUUGGACUUUAUGACUCUUCUUUCCCUGCUCAAAAUCAAUUAUCAAUUGAACUGGCCUCUAUUGUGUGGGCACAAAAUACAAGCCAGGUGCCGGUGUCUGUGUGCAGUGAGAGCUGCCCUCCAGGCACCAGGAAGGCUGUGCAGAAAGGAAAGCCUAUCUGCUGCUUUGACUGUAUACCAUGUGCUGAAGGAGAGAUUAGUAAUAUGACAGGCUCUAUUAAAUGUGAACAAUGCUCCCAAGACUACUGGUCAAAUCAACACAGGAAUGAAUGUGUAAAGAAGGAAACUGAAUUCUUGUCGUAUGAGGAAAUGAUGGGAAUUUUGCUGACAGUUGUUUCAUUUAUUGGUACAUUCAUGACGACAAUAAUAGCAAUUAUAUUCAUCAGAUAUAAAAAUACUCCAAUAGUCAAAGCCAACAAUUCAGAGCUGAGCUUCCUGCUGCUCUUCUCACUGGCUCUGUGUUUUCUCUGCUCACUUACUUUCAUUGGUCGGCCCUCUGAGUGGUCCUGUGUGCUGCGUCACACAGCGUUUGGGAUCACCUUCGUCCUCUGCAUCUCCUGUGUUCUGGGGAAAACAAUAGUGGUGUUAAUGGCCUUCAGAGCUACACUUCCAGGCAGUAAUGUCAUGAAAUGGUUUGGGCCUCCACAGCAGAGACUCAGUGUUCUCACCUUCACUCUCAUACAGGUCCUUAUUUGUGUGAUUUGGUUAACAACAUCCCCUCCUUUCCCCUUCAAAAACCUACAGCACUACAAGGAAAAGAUCAUUCUAGAAUGUCAGUUAGGUUCAGCAGUAGGUUUCUGGGCUGUGCUGGGUUAUAUUGGACUUUUGGCUCUACUGUGUUUUGUUUUAGCUUUUCUGGCUCGGAAGCUGCCUGAUAAGUUUAACGAAGCCAAAUUCAUCACAUUCAGCAUGCUCAUAUUCUGUGCAGUUUGGAUCACCUUCAUCCCAGCUUAUGUCAGCUCUCCUGGAAAGUUCACUGUAGCUGUGGAGAUAUUUGCUAUUUUAGCUUCAAGUUUUGGUUUGUUAUUCUGUAUCUUUCUUCCAAAGUGCUAUGUAAUUAUACUGAAACCAGAAAUGAACACUAAAAAACAAAUAAUGAGUAAAGUGCCAGCUAAGUGGAUGGAGUCUGCCUUUAAUCUCUUACAUGUAGUAAUGGUCAUCAUCAAUGUUUUCAGAACAAAUGGGACUUUUUGUAGCCUGCAAGGAGAACCUGUUUAUCCACAACUUUCAAAGGAUGGUGACAUCAUAGUUGGAGGGAUUUUUCCCUUCCAUAGGACUUGGGAAAUCACAGAUAUGUCCUAUAUGGUCAAGCCAUCACCACUGAAAUGUGUGAGUCUUGAUUUCAGAGCAAUGCAGUUUUCACAGUCUGUGAUUUUUGCAAUAGAAGAGAUCAACAACAGUUCCUCUUUACUCCCUGGAGUCUCACUGGGCUACAAGAUCUAUGACACUUGCAGUUCCAGGGCUAUGGGGGUUAAAAUGGCUAUGGCACUUGUUAAUGGAAAUGAGAACUCAACACUGGAUGAGCACUGCACAAAGCCAGCACAGCCACAAGCCAUAAUUGGCGAGUCAUACUCAUCAGUGUCAAUGGCUAUCGCAAAGACUGUUGGACCUUUCAGCAUUCCCUUAAUCAGUCAUGAUGCCACCUGUGAGUGUCUCAGUGACAAAAGAAUAUAUCCCACAUUUUUCCGCACUGUUCCUAGUGAUUACUACCAGAGCAGAGCACUGGCAGAGAUGGUCAAGCAGUUUGGUUGGACCUGGGUGGGUGCAAUCAGAAGAGAUGAUGAUUAUGGUAACAGUGGAAUGGCUGGAUUUACUGAAGCUGCUGAAAAGUUAGGCAUAUGCUUAGAAUAUUCCCUUCCAUUUUUUACAACAUAUUCACAAGAAAAAGUGCUGAGAAUAAUCCAGCAGAUCAAAAGCUCUACUUCUCGAGUGAUUGUGGCAUAUGUCACUUAUUGGGACUUGGAGAUUUUGAUCGAUAUACUUUAUGAGCACAACAUUACUGGAUAUCAGUGGGUGGGAACUGGAGCUUGGAUUUCUGAUUCAACUGUAGCCAGACUGGAUAAGCACAAAAUUCUGCAAGGAGCCAUAGGACUAGCUGUACCCAAAAAAAACGUGACAGGUCUGAAGGAAUUCAUUUUGGAUAUAAAUCCACUGAGAUCUGCAGGCAGUGCCAUUUUUACUGAAUUCUGGGAGGCUUUGUUUAAUUGCAAACAUACAGUGCAGAAUGACUCGAAAGAUACAACAUUGUGCACAGGACAGGAGAAACUGUCUGAAAUGGACAAUGAAUUCACAGACAUGACCAUGAUGCCCAUCUUCAAUAAUGCUUAUAAAGCUGUAUAUGCUAUUGCCCAUACACUGCAUGACCUUCUGGGCUGCACACAAACAUGUCCUAUAAAGAAGCAGCCCGAUCCUUUCACUUUUCUAGAACAUCUCAAAAGAGUGCGCUUUAAAACCAAAGAAGGUGAAGAGGUUUACUUUGAUAAAAAUGGUGACCCUCCAUCUAAAUAUGAAAUAAUAAACUUGCAAACUAUUGAUAAUCAACAUGAGUUUGUCACUGUUGGAUAUUACGACUCUUCUUUCCCUGCUCAAAAUCGAUUAGCAGUACAAAUGCCGUCUAUUGUGUGGGCACAAAAUACAAGCCAGUUGCCGGUGUCUGUGUGCAGUGAGAGCUGCCCUCCGGGCACCAGGAAGGCUGUGCAGAAAGGAAAGCCUAUCUGCUGCUAUGACUGUAUACCAUGUGCUGAAGGAGAGAUCAGCAACAUUACAGACUCAAUUAAAUGUGAACAGUGCUUUCAAGACUCCUGGUCAAAUCAACACAGGAAUGAAUGUGUAAAGAAGGAAACUGAAUUCUUGUCGUAUGAGGACACAAUGGGAAUUUUGCUAACAGCUGUUUCAAUUAUUGGUACAUUUCUGACAACAACAAUAGCAAUCAUAUUUUUCAGACAUAAAAAUACCCCAAUAGUCAAAGCCAACAAUUCAGAGCUGAGUUUCUUGCUGCUCUUCUCACUGGCUCUGUGUUUUCUCUGUUCACUUACUUUCAUCGGUCGGCCCUCCGGGUGGUCCUGUGUGCUGCGCCACACAGCGUUUGGGAUCACCUUCGUCCUCUGCAUCUCCUGUGUUCUGGGGAAAACAAUAGUGGUGUUAAUGGCCUUCAGAGCUACACUUCCAGGCAGUAAUGUCAUGAAAUGGUUUGGGCCUCCACAGCAGAGACUCAGUGUUCUUGCUUUCACUCUCAUACAGGUCCUUAUUUGUGUACUUUGGUUAACAACAUCUCCUCCUUUCCCCUUCAAAAAUCUAAAGCACUACAAGGAAAAGAUCAUUCUAGAAUGUCAGUUAGGUUCAGCAGUAAGUUUCUGGGCUGUGCUGGGUUAUAUAGGACUCUUGGCUCUACUGUGUUUUGUUUUAGCUUUUUUGGCUCGGAAACUACCUGAUAAGUUUAACGAGGCCAAGUUCAUCACAUUCAGCAUGCUCAUAUUCUGUGCAGUUUGGAUCACCUUCAUCCCAGCUUAUGUCAGCUCUCCUGGAAAGUUCACUGUAGCUGUGGAGAUAUUUGCCAUUUUGGCCUCAAGUUUUGGUUUGUUAUUCUGUAUCUUUUUUCCAAAGUGUUACAUAAUCAUACUGAAACCAGAAAUGAACACUAAAAAACAAAUUAUGAAUAAAGCGCCAGUUAAGUGA